UUUGAAUUAUUUCUUCCAAGUAUUGAGGGGCACUUAACAAUUGAUGUAGGCUAACUUAAUUCCUACUCCUAUCUUGUCCCACAACAUUGUGCUGUUAUCAUUUUGAAAUCUUCCUGCGUGCACAAAAUCAGGCUGCAAUUUACCUUUUUUCUCUAUUGAGUACUUAAAUAUAUAUGUUCUUGGGAGCAUCAGCCUCUGUUUUGGAUGCUUCCAAUGCCAAUACGGCUGCCUCGGGGAUUCAGUGUGGUCUCCUCCCUGCUCUCUUGGUUUUGGUGUGUUACUGGACAAACAAUUAUACCAAUCUGGAACUUUCGUAUGAAUAGAAAAUGUGUGAGUUUUUUUUGCUUCUUCUUGGUGUACACUUGUACCGAACAUUUGUUUUGUCAAAAGUUUCAGUCGUUAUGUUUUUUACAGUUCCUAGAGCCUCCCGUGCCUUACUACUUGCUGGAUGCUUCCAAAGAGCUGUUAGCGCAGCUCUAUGUUGUAUCAUGACAGCUUUGGUUUUGUGCGGGUUUGUUUAUUCGGUUUACACUUUAUACUUCGAAACGGCUGGUCAAACUCCAUUACCUUCUAUACCUUGAGCUUGCCAACAUAAAUUUAGAAGAUCCCCUGCACACAUACACACUUCCCUGUUUUUGACGAAAAAGGUGGUAUUUUGUCUCAAGGUAUUCUAUGCAUUGGUGCCUACGAUUUUGCUUGCAUAUGUUAAGUACUGUUGCAACUAUAGCACUGGUCAUCCGCUGCAAUAGCAAUUUGGUCUUGCCUAGAAGUAAGAUGAAGGUUAUAAUACUAUGUCAGCUAAUGUGUUGACAAUUAUCGUGUCAAUCGUCCAUUGCUUUGAGUAUUCUGUGGUUCUAUUUCGUUAUCAUCGGUUUGUUGAUUCUUUCUGAAAUUUCUUAUUUUGGUAGCCUGAUGACUGCGGCAUCAGCAGGUGCAUCGCCCCAUUUGGAACUUCUCAUAGCUGCUUUAAAUUUCUUGAGGUCAACUUCUACUAUUCCAUUGAAUUGAUUGCAUCAAAGAAGACUAGGACAUUUCUUUCUUUCUUUCUUUCUUUCUUACAAGGUAUAGGUUGCUCCUACUUAUGAGGUGGGUCACAUAUGCUUUGCUAUCGUCUGCGUGAUUGUGACACCAAUUUUGUAUAGUUGCUACAUUUGGUAUUGUCUAUGAAUGUUCAAAUAACUACCAAUAUACUCGGUAUUUUGAGGGAAUGAAAUUUUCUUUUAAAAAUCAGGUCUACUUGUUCCUUUCUUUUCUGAUAGGCUUUAGAUUACCUGUGCUAGCUGCUAACUAUUUGCUUUCGCACAAGAGCCAUUCAUUUGAUGCUGGAAGAAGAAGCUGAGCUCAGAAAAUGGACCAGAAAACCAGCAGGAGGAAGAAGUCCCCCUUUGGAAGGGUAUCUGGUAUUAGGGGUAGAAAUUCUUCAUCAAGAAAGGACGAUGAGGGCUCUAUCAACACCUCAGUUAAUUUCAGAGAGACUCCAGAGCAGUCAGAGGUGGCUUCUCCAUCAGCAUCAUCUUCAUCCUUCUUCAAAAGUACAAGUCUGAAAUUCAGCAGUUUCAGUUCACCUUCUUCAACCACCAGUACACAUAUCGAGACCUUUAGGGUAUUUGCAGCAACAUGGAACGUCGCCGGGAAAACCCCAGACAUGGAGCUGAAUCUAAAUGACCUCCUGCCUUCUGAUGACCAAUCAGACAUUUUUGUUCUAGGAUUCCAGGAGGUGGUCCCUCUCAACGCCGGGAACGUGCUUGUCAUCGAGGACAACGAGCCGGCGGCGAGAUGGCUCGCGCUCAUCAACCAGGCGCUCAACCGGCCUUCCUCCUCGUCGCCGCUGGCGAGCCGCUCCUUCAGCCAGUCCGCAUCCCCCGCCUACGCACUCCAGACGGCGAGCUCCAGCCCGCUCGACCCGUCUCUGUUCCACAAGAACGGGUCCUCCCCGAGAGAAGUUCGCCGCGCCGCAAUCACCCGCGGCCGCCGGCUCAAGUCAUGCACUUGCCCCACGGAGAAGCCGCCCCGGCGCCGGCCGAACUACAGAUCGCCUUCAUCGUGCCUGAUGAUGCGCUGCGGCAGCAGCAAAAACCAGCGCCAGUACGCUGCUGAGGGCGACACUACGACGUCAGAAGAGGAGGACGCGGACGUCGUCGUCGACGAGGAGGCAGCGUCAUCGUCCAUGGUGUCCGACGCCACGCUGCUUCUGCGGCCGGCGGCGGCGAGCCUGCAGGGGAGGUACUGCCUGGUGGCCUGCAAGCAGAUGGUGGGUCUCUUCACAACGGUGUGGGCUCGGCGGGAGCUGGUGGCGCACAUCAGCCACGUCCGGCUCAGCUGCGUCGGCUGCGGCAUCAUGGGCCGCCUUGGCAACAAAGGGUGCAUCUCCGUCAGCAUGUCGCUGCACCAGACGUCCCUCUGCUUCGUGUGCAGCCACCUCGCCUCCGGCGAGAAGGACGGCGACGAGCUCCGCCGCAAUUCCGACGUCGUCGAGAUCCUCAAGAGCACUCAGUUCCGCCGCGUCUGCAAGCGCUCCGGCCGCCGCCUCCCGGAGCGAAUCCUCGACCACGAUCGCGUGAUCUGGCUGGGUGACCUGAAUUACCGGAUCGCACUAAGCUACGCGGAGGCGAAGAAGCUAGUGGAAGCCGGCGACUGGGCGGCGCUGUUCGAGAAGGACCAGCUCAAGACGGAGCGGGAGGGCGGGGUCUUCCGGGGGUGGAGCGAGGGCCUCAUCGCCUUCGCGCCCACGUACAAGUACUCGUGGAACUCCGACAGCUACGCCGGCGACGACGACGGCGGCAGUGCCGGUGGCGCAGCGUCGAAGAAGAAACCAAAACGGAGGACGCCAGCAUGGUGCGACCGGAUCCUGUGGCGCGGCGAGGGGAUCGUGCAGGUCGCGUACGUCCGCGGGGAGUCCAAGUUCUCCGACCACCGCCCCGUGUGCGGCGCGUUCAUGGUCGAGGUCGCCGUCCUCGACGGCGCGGCCAAGAUGGUCAAGCUCGUCGCCGCCACGGCCAGCAUGAAGGUCGGGGCGGAGGAGCUCUUUUACCCCGGCAACCGUAGCUAGCAGCACGAGCGCGCGAGCUUCCUGAGCGUGAUUCCGCCAUUGAUCGCUCAAGCUGGUUCCAAGAAAGAAACACUCGUCGCAUCUCGUUGCCCAGACGCCACUGAUAAUUUAGGAGAUAGCUCGCGGUCGCGGCGUUCUGAACUACUACUACUGAUGCAUGCGUGCGCUGCUGUCGUUCUGUUGAGCUUUGAAGAAUUGAUCAGUUCUGACGCCAAAUGUGGGAGCGAUUUUGCUCCGACACCAAAUGUUAAAACUGAAUCACUCACCUCUGAUCCUGUACCUCCUGAACUGAAUGUAUGUAAAUUAGUCUACAAGAAGCUACUACCUCCAUCCCAA